UCGUCUUCGAAACAUACAUAUGCUUCACUCAAGACUAGAUUACAAGAAAAUGGCAGGCCAACACUUAUUAGUACUUAUUGUCUGCUUGAUCUUGCUCAAAUUUUCAGCAACAUUUGCUAGCAAACAGAACACAACAACGUUAAACGAGGCAGCAACAUGCAUUGAUGGUGCCAGUAUUACAUUAACCUUUGGUUUCUACAUAAACAGCUGCCCUGAGGCAGAACCGAUCAUCUUUUCUUGGGUAGAAAAGGCGGUUUCUGAUGAUCCUAGGAUGGCUGCUUCUUUGCUUCGCUUACAUUUCCACGAUUGUUUCGUUAACGGUUGUGAUGCAUCGGUGUUGCUGGACGACACACCAAAUUUCGUUGGAGAGAAAACUGCAGCUCCAAACACCAAUUCAUUAAGGGGAUUUGAAGUGAUUGAUGCAAUAAAAGCUGAUCUUGAAUAUGUUUGUCCCCAAACAGUGUCUUGUGCUGAUAUUCUUGCCAUUGCAGCCAGAGAUUCUGUCGUUUUGUCAGGUGGACCUGGAUGGGAAGUGGAAAUGGGCAGGAGGGAUAGUUUGAGUGCCAGCAAGACAGCAGCCAACAACAACAUACCUGGACCGAAUUCUGAUGUAGCCACAUUGGUGUCUAAAUUCCAAAAUGUCGGCCUUUCACUCCAAGAUUUGGUCGCACUCUCUGGUGCGCACACCAUGGGGAAAGCUCGAUGCUCUACGUUCAGCGCUCGUAUAAACAGUAGCAGCAGUAUUGCCAAUAGCCCUGAUGUUAACCUGGAAUACCUGGAGUCACUGCAGCAACUAUGCUCACAAUCUGAUGCCAACACAACAUUAGCAGACCUAGACCAUAUAACCCCGACGACGUUCGACAAUCAGUACUAUGUGAACCUUGUCUCUGGUGAGGGUUUGCUUGGGUCCGACCAGGCGCUGCUCACCGGGAACGAGGAGACACGUGGUAUUAUCGAGUGUUAUGCGGGAGAUAUGGGGGCAUUUUUUGAGGAUUUCAAGAUGGCAAUGCUGAAAAUGGGAAGGCUGCAGCAGGCAAAUGGAGGGGACGGUGAAGUUCGUACAAACUGUAGGGCUGUCAAUCAACUGGGCUCAUGAAUUUGUUGUCAACAUAUAUAGAUCAAGGGCUAUAAUUAUUAAGUAACUCUUGUUUGUAUGUUAAUGUUGUUGAAUGUCAAUGUCAUUAUUCCAGCAUGCAUAUAUAUGUAUUCCGAGGUUUGUUAA